AUGCUCCACGCCAUGAGCCAACCAGUACCAGUCGCUACAUACAACAACCCCCCAAAAUUACAAUCUGUGGUGACUAUUGCUCCAGUGCCCACCAUGUCCCUGGACCAGCUGCAAAACGAGGUCCAGCAUGCUUUUGAGGAUCAUCUGACCGUGGACUCCCUUCUGUUUACCUCGAGGUUGCUACAAGCCGAGUUCCGGGAACAUUUGAUCAGCAGCGAUCAACGCAUGCUGCCCUCGUUUAAUUACACAUUACCUACUGGCGAAGAACGAGGGACAUACCUUGCAGUGGAGGUAGGGGGCUCAAACCUCCGCAUGGCCCUAGUGGAUUUACAUGGUCGCGACCAUGGCCAAGCGGCGCUCCAGAUUAGGCGAACUGCGUGCUCUCCAAUUACUGGCGAGGUCAAGCUACUACCUGGACACUCAUUCUUCGAUUGGAUGGCAAGGGAAAUCCAAAAUAUGAUGGUCUUGGAAGGCGAAACAAGAGAAAAUGCCGACCCAUUGCGGAUGGGAGUUGCCUGUCAAACGUCGAUACGGAGCGGCAACGUACUUGGCAUGGGCAAAGGGUUUCUGUGCUCGGAUACUGUCAAGAAUCAUGACCUUGGGCAUAUGAUAUCCGAAGCAUGCCAACGAGAGCAUGUCAAUGUCGAACUCGAGGCUAUUGUCAAUGAUACGUCGUCUGCACUUCUCGCUCGAGCAUAUGUUGAUCCCGCCACGCGACUCGCUAUAGUACUCGGCACAGGCAUGAACGCUGCAAUUCACUUACCUAUUUCAGGGCUGGACCCCUCAAAGUUCGAUCUCAGACAAGUCAAGCCGAAGCGCAAAUACACUCAUGUCCUGACUAAUACCGAAUUGAGCAUGUUCGGCAAGAACAUUUUGCCGACUACCAAGUGGGACGACGAUUUGAAUGUUAAUCAUAUGAUGCCCGAUUAUCAACCUCUAGAGUACCUCAUCGCGGGUGGCUACCUAGGAGAAAUAGUACGGCUCGUUAUGGUUGAGGCGGCAGACACAAGCGGCUUCUAUGGAGGCAAAUUGCCAGACAGCUUGCUUGUCACACACUCACUCGAUACCAAGACGCUUGCGUCUGUCCAAAGCGACACGUCAGUGGGACUGAUGACCACCCGAAACCUCUUACAAGAGAAGUAUGCGUCACGGACACGACCGUCUGCAGCCGACGCGAAAUUCCUUCGAAACGUCGUGCAAUCGGUCAGCCGACGAUCAGUCGCAUACUUUGCUACGAGCGUUCAUGCACUAACCUCGCUUCUUCAAGAUCUGGAUGCAGAAUCCGGAUUACAGAGCCCGCUUGAUCACAUCAGUAUAGGAUGCGAUGGAAGCGUAAUCAACAAAUAUCCUGCUUACAUGGAGACGGCGCAGGAGACUCUAGAUCAAAUGAGGGUACAAGAAAGUACAAAUCGGAAACAAGUGUUCUUAGAAAAGACCACCGACAGCGCUGUCGUCGGAGCUGGCGUUGCUGGUGCUCUCGCCGGUAAUUCACCGCCCUCUUCGCCGUGCUGA